GCUCUGCCGACGUCGACUUCGGGCGUUCGUGAUCCGGCGACGAGUGUAUAUAAACGCCCCGGCGCGCUGGCAUCCACUCAAAGUGUUUCUUGAAACUGACCGGGCGCGAAACGAAAUCCCAGAAUAUUCUCAAACGAAAAUUGCAAAACCGCAAAUUGUUAACAAAUAAGUGUAUCUGUGAGAUACGCAGUGCCAAAGCAAACACAGUUUCUAAACCGACGUUAGCCGCUUCAAUCAAAAGAAUGAAGUGCCAACUGCUUUUCGUGGCCACCGUGUGCCUGGCCAGCGUUUGGGCGCUUCCCGUGCCCGACGAGGAGGUGGCCAUCCAGCCGGACAGCGGUACCAAGGCCGAGCUCCUGACCAAGACCGUGCUGCCCACCGCCGUUGAGCCUGCUCCCUUGAAGCCCGAGGCCGAGAAGCCAGCAGAGACCAAGACCAUCGAAGCCAAGGCCGCCGUGCCAGAGCAGCCCGCACCCAUCACUCCUGCCGCCGAGCCAGCCAAGGAGAUCAACAGCGUGGAGCUCAAGUCGAGCGCGCCGGACGUAGAGACCGCCCCAGCUAUUCCCGAGAAGAAGACCCUGCCUGAGGAGGCCAAGCCCGCCCAGGAGAACGCUCCCGUUGAGGCCGAGAAGAAGCAGGAGAAGACUGCCCGCACGGAGGCGGAACCCGCUGUCGAGGCUCAGCCCCAGGCCACCAAGGCCAUCGAACAGGCCCCCGAAGCCCCAGCCGCCAAUGCCGAGGUGCAGAAGCAAGUUGUCGACGAGGUCAAGCCCCAGGAGCCCAAGAUCGAUGCCAAGUCCGCCGAGGAGCCAGCGAUUCCCGCCGUAGUUGCCGCCGAGAAAGAGACACCCGUACCCGAGCAGCCCGCCCGCCAGGAGAGGAUCAACGAAAUCGAACAGAAGGAUGCCAAGAAGGACGCUGCUGUUCCCGAGGAGCCAACCAAGGCCGCUGAAGCCACACCCACCGCCGCUCCUGAAGCCCCCAAGUCGGACUCCAACAUCCAGGUGAUUGCUCCCGAGAAGAAGUCCAUCGAGUCGUCCCCCGCUGCUGCGGCUGCUUCUCCUGCCGCCCAGGCUGCCCAGGCCAAGUCCGGUGAGGCCCCCAAGCCAGUUGACCAGCAGAAGAGCACCGAAACCGUUGCCGAGUCCGCUCCCGUCCUAAAGACCAAUGCCCCACUUGCUCCGGCCGGUGCCACCAAGGUGACGGAGGCCGUCAAGGAGCAGGAGAAGGAACAGCCAGCCGCUGAUAUCGCUGCCAAGGCCCUGCCAGAACAGAAGAAGACGGAGGAGACAGCAGCACCAGAGCCAGCCGCCGCCGCUGCCCCUGCUGCCGUGCCCGAGGCCAAGAAGAUCGACGAAGCACCAGCUGCCGAGCCCGUGGUCAAGGGCGAGGAGGCCAUUGCCAAGCCCAUUGCCCAGGCACCGUCGGCCGAGCCCAAAAAGUCGUCGGAGGAAAAGUCUGACAAGUCCGAGUCCAAGGUCGAUGAGUCCUCGGAGUCCAAGGAGUCGGAGGAGAGCAGCGAAUCGAAGGAGAACUAGGAAUAGUAAGAGCUUUACAUCUACCACCUUGCCUUAACCAACUCAACUCCAACUCAACACCGCACCGCACCACCCGCACCAGCACCAGCACCACAAACCCUACCGACCAUCGCACCACUGCUACGCCUUGGCAGCGUCUUAAUAUUACGAUCGUAGUUAGUGGUAUCCUUAGUUGUAAAUGGAGCAGAACGAAAUGACACACACAAAAGCAUACGAUGAAUAUGAAGGGCAGGACUGUGGAGAAGAGGAUGGCGUUCUGCCCCAGGAUCAAUAGAACCAAGUGGAUCGGAAGGUAACCACGCGUAGGCAUAACAAUUCAACACACAACAAACAGGACAAACCGCUAAGAUGGCAUAAAGUAAUACUUAUAAUUAUAAUUUAAUAAAUGUAAUCUUAAUUAAAUCUUAGUCAUUGCAAGACAACCACCCGGUACCCGCCCGCCCCAAGAAAAAACUCCUAGAUCAGCCUACCCAUGUCCAAACCCAGACCGAGAUCAAGACCAAG